GAACUCGCGGCCAACAACCGCGCUGGGUGCAAAGACAAGGUCUGCAAGGACGACAAAGUCAAGAUCAAGAAGGGCGAGCUUCGCCUUGGUACCUGGGUCGAAGUCCAGGACCACCCCGGAAGCUGGAUGUGGAAGCACUGGGGCUGCGUUUCUGGCAGUCAGAUCGAGAACGUCCGUAUCGCCAUCGACAAGGGUGAUGGAGAUUAUGACUGGGACGCCAUUGAUGGCUACGACGAGCUCGAAGACCACUCGGAGAUCCAGGAGAAGAUCCGCCGAGUCUUCACUCAGGGAUUCAUCGAUCCCGAGGAUUUCAAUGGCGUAAGU